AUGGCGAACGUGUCCCUGACACAACAGCUGAACGAUUCAAGCUCGGUGGUAGCGGUUCAAGAUUUGUCAUACGGUGAGGCGAUGGCUGCGUGCAUCAUUUACAGCCUCAUCACCGUCGUGGCGGUCAUCGGCAACGCCACCGUCAUCUUCAUCGUCUGCUACUUUCGACAUAUGCGUACCGGCAAUAACCUGCUGCUAGCCAAUCUGGCCGUUGCAGACCUGCUGAUGGCCGUCCUCUGCAUUCCGUUCAGCUUCGUGUCGUCGAUCAUCCUUCAGUACUGGCCCUUCGGCUGGUUGUUGUGUAAAAUGAUCAACUUCAGCCAAGCUGUGACGGUCAUGAGCAGCGCGUACACGCUGAUCGCCAUCAGCAUCGAUCGAUUCUUUGCCAUCCUGUUCCCGAUGAACACCUACUUAAAAAUCACCAACGGGAAGGCGUUGUUUCGAAUAGCGGUUGUGUGGCUGGUGGCCAUCCUCAUUGCCUCGCCUCUGCUCGGCGUCUGGCACUGUGUGGAAGACUGGUCGUUUGGAAACGUGACCGAAAAUGAAGGCGAGUACGACUACAGCAUGGCAGCGAUGUUUCUUCAGUACUUUGUUCCUUUCAUGGUUCUGUCCCUCACUUAUGCAGGCAUUGGACUUAAAAUUUGGUUCGCUCGGAUUCCUGGCGAUGCGUCCGGUAGACCGAGUCAAGACAGGAAGCUGAUUGUAAAAAAGAUGAUUCCUACGAUGUUCAUCGUCACAACUGUCUACACGAUCUGCUGGCUACCUAUUAAUGUUUUCAACAUCUACCGAAGUUUGAAGCCUGAGGUAAAUGAACACCCUUUCGUACUGUACAUAUGGUGGGGCUGUCACACAAUUGCCAUGUCGCACUGUUUGGUCAACCCGAUCAUCUACGUGCGCCGAAACCGUCGUUUUCGCAACGGUUUUUGCUUCGUCUUCCGCUGGAUCCCCGGCAUUCGGUACGAUGAGUGUACGUCGACGGCACUUGGGAAAUCCGGAACUGUACGCGGAGUCCAACAGAUCAGUCCGUGCCUGCUGAUUCACAAUAAACACAAAAACUUCGACGAAGAAUCAUAG